AUGGUCUUCAACAAGAUGGGCGUCUUCAUGGUGGAGCGCAAGGGCAAGGAACUAUGGGUGUGGCUCCAAUGCCGGCAUCGUGGGAGUCGUCUGGAGGAGGAAGUGGAGGAAAAACGGAGAACUGAAAAAGAAGCCUUGAAGUCGAUCUUGACUAUGGGUGCCGCCGGUCUUGGCGAUAACAUGAGCAUCGAAAUGGCAAUGCUUGUCAAGCUCAAGGAAGUGAUGCCGACCUUGCCUGAUGAUUUGGCGUUGAAGUUGGUCCCAGAUCUUUCAGUGCUCACGGACCCCUACAUCGGCUUGACCCAGGAGUGGAAAAGCUUUCAACAAGCUUGCAGUGCCAAGCUGAUCUCAUUCGACCAAGGGCCUUUUGGGUAUCAAAAACGAAAACCAACCACAUUGGCCUUGAUCAAUUUGGAUGAGAUGACUCAGCUACAAGAUGUCCGAGGACGUGGCACUGAACCUGAGGUUGCUCCACCACAGUCAAUGCGCGAAAGAUGUGCUCGUUCCAAAACUUGGGCAGCAUGGGCACCUGGUUUGAAGGCUGCAGUAGCUGAAGCGAUCAGCAGAUGGAUCCGCCGUGAAGCGCCUCCUCGUGAACAGCCUGAUGGAUUGACUGGUGCCAUGAUGGCCAACUACGAGAUCAGUCAACAACCAGUGGGCCCAGAAGCUCCAAAUGCAGAUGCUUUCCCAGCAGCUGUUGCGCAAGAAGAGCCUGAUCCACUUCAAGAAGAAUCGGUGCCUGACAUCGUUGAAGAUGCCGACGUGAGGUCAGCCUAUGGUAUGCACGACACAUGGAUGCGCCUCAUCAAUGAGUCCAAGGAUGUCACUGUCCGCAACCUCACUUUUGCGGGGGAGAAGCGCAUCCUUGAAAAGUUUGGCAACGUCUUUGAGUUUGCGCUGCCGCCUGAUGAUGAAAUCCCCUCUGAAGGUUCAUGGACGCUGGAAACUACGCUUUCACCUGAACCACCUCUACCUCAAGAACCAGUUCAAGAGGAUCAUGAUGCUCCGCUACCAGGGCAUGAUGAUGAAAAGGAUGGUGAUGGGGGGCAAGAUGAAUAUCCAGGGGUCAAUGAUCGAUGGGAGGAGGAACCAAAUGCGGAGGAGGAUUUGGGGGAGGUGCCUAACAGCAGAGAUGGUGCGUGCAGCUCAGAUGCGAAAUCUUGGCAGCCGAGAACGAGUUCAUGCUGGCGCAGCUUCUGCAUGAGCUUUCUGGUUGGUCAGGCGAUGCUGACUGAAGCCACAGCUCUUGAGUUGAAGAGCGAAGGUGAUGAAGCUGAUCCGUUAUGGAUAGCGGCAGUGGUGCUGAUGAUCCUUGGGGCAAUCUAUGCAGGCAAGUUAGCUGUGAUGUCAGCGAUGUGUUGCCUGAGACGAUUGCAGUGGUUCAAAGAGCUUCCUGCAGCUGUCGCAAAUGAUGGUGAUGCAUCAUCAAGCUCCGCUACCAAAAAUGAUGAUGUGAGAUCAAGUUCUAUGCAGCGGUCGGGCACUUCGAAUGCAGCUGGACCUUUGAGCAGUUCUAGCCCUGAGCAGGCUGUGGUUGCUGGCCCUGUGCAGGCCGUGUCAAGCGAUGGUCCAGGGCAGGCCACUCGCUCUCCUUGCAGAUCUGCGGCUGCUGUGGCGUCUUCGAGCGGCGCUGAAUCUGGCCCUGUGCAGGCCUCUACUGCUGCUGUGGCGUCUUCGAGCGGUGCUGAAUCUGGCCCUCGGCAGGCCUCUACUACUGCUGCUGCGGCGUCUUCGAGCGAUGCUGGAUCUGGCCCUGAGCAGCCCUUGCUGCUGACGUAUCUGGCCUUGAGCAGGCCCUGCGCGCUGUGGCGGCGAUUUCCGGGCGAGCUGUUGCGGAUGGUGUUAGCCUUGAGCAG